UGCUCUGAGCAACCUGUAAGGUGACAGAGGGGAAAGCUGAUCAGUACUAGACCCCGUAAGAACAUCUGGGGAGAGGACAGAGGAGCCAGGUUGACACCUGGGGAGGAAAUGGGGGAGGGACCAGGAUAGCUGUGGUGAAUCCACUAUCCUUUCCCAUCUCUUAGGUUCCUCCCCAUCACAGGGGAAGCCACUACAUAGAACUUGGGAUCCAGCCAGGCCUCCCUCAUCAGGAAAUGCCUUCUAGUUACACAAUUGGGUCUCGAUCUCUCAUAGGCCUAAGACCUAAAACAUGCCCCUCAUCUCCGAGCCGCAGUUCUUACAUCUGUAGAACAUGCCCAUGUUACCUCCUCUAGGGGACAAGUGAGAUGCACCCCAAGUGUCCAGAGUGAGGGGAGGGAUAAUAAGGGAGCUGAUCUGCUCCUUUUGCCCACCCCUCCACAAUUCAAAGCACCCUCAGCCACCCAUGAAAUACUCAUAUAUUGGCUGGAAUCAGCCUGUGUUCUAGAAUCUUAUCCCCUCCACUGUCCUCCUGGUUCCAUGUAGAAUCCCACCACUGUCAUUCUAGACCAGGCACUCUAGAACUUCAGGGCUCUGUUGCUUUCCUCAGGCAGUUCCUGCUUGCUUGCAUCUAACGUGUAUCUAUGUUCUGGGUAAGAUGCGGUGGCGGGACCGCCUAGCUGUGCUCUCCUUCCCACAGGGGAUGAUGCUCACCGUGGCUGCGCUGAUGCUCUUCUUCAUACACCUGGGAGUCUUUGCCAGUGAUGUGCACAACUUCUGCAUCACCCACCACUAUGACCGCAUGAGCUUCCACUACACAGUCGUCCUGAUGUUCUCCCAGGUGAUCAGCAUCUGCUGGGCUGCCAUGGGGUCACUAUACUCGGAGAUGCUCGAAAACAAGUUACUCCAGUGCUUUGCCCUGACCAUCCUGCUGCUCAAUGGAGCCAUGUUCUUCAACCGCCUGUCCCUGGAGUUUCUAGCCAUCGAAUACAGAGAGGAAAACCAUUAAGGCCUAAGCACUGGGGACAGAGCUGAGAAGGGAGAAGGAAAAGACUGCUUCAG